AUGGCGAUCAACCAGGUGAAUAUCCAACGCGCAAUCUUCCCAAUAAUCUCAUAUGUCGCUCCGCACGCCAUGCAUGAAACACUCCCCAAGGCACAGAUUUCUAGUGACGAUAGAGUUUGGGAGAUGACUGAUGCGCACAUGCAAGGGGGUGGCUAUUUUGACAAGGAACAGGACUUGGAGUACUCCAAGGCCACACAGGCAGCUCCUACGAACAAUUGUAUUGGUUUGAGCUGGACCGGGACUGGACUGUAUUGGACUGGAUUCCUGGUGCCUGGAUUUUAA